AUGCUCAGAUCUCCUUAUAACAUCGAUAUCCCCCUUCUCGAUGUCAACACCUUUGUCUUCCGAUCUGGAACUGAAACUUCGCGGGAGUCGCCUCAAUACUUUGAUGCUGAUAGUCCUGCCAAAUGUUUCAGUCUGGCACAGGGUGAAAUCUAUUCCAAGAGACUGGCCCUUGGGUUACAACAACUAGGCCUCCAAAGUGAUGAACGCAUACUCCUAUACUCCAACAAUCGACUUUUCUUCCCGAUCGUGAUAUGGGGAACUAUUGCUGCGGGAUGCACUUUUACUGCCGCCUCACCUUCAGCAUCCGCGUCUGAACUGGCUUACCAGGUGCGGGAUUCCGGUGCUUCAUUGCUGCUCACUGGACCGGAUGGGAUUGAUGUUGCCCUUAAAGCUGCUUCGGAAGUAGGGCUAUCACGGAACAGGAUUUUAGUUUUCCAUGAUCCAGAUGAAGAUCUCUCAUCGUACCAUCUCCAUGGCUUGGAAUCAUGGACGAAUAUCUGGACGACUGAAGACGCCGUUCGACAGUGGUCCUGGAAGCGUCUAGCCACAGUCGAGGAACUCGAUGGAAAGACCGCAAUCGUCAACUAUUCCAGUGGAACCACCGGGCUGCCAAAAGGGGUCCAAAUUUCUCAUUAUAAUCUCGUCGCCAACUCAGUACAACUUCUUUUCAAACGGUCUAUGGUGGGAAACACCGCAAAAGCACGUGCUCGUAAGGAACGACUCGACGUGUCGGGCGAACGAUGGCUAGCGCCUCUGCCCAUGUAUCACGCCUAUGGUCAAACAUAUUACGGUAUAAAUGCAGCAGCAUGGGGGGCAAAGGUCUUCAUAAUGUCAAAAUUCAACGUUACGAGGUACUUAGAGUACCUUGACGUCUAUCGCAUCACGUUCAUGACAGGGGUUCCAACCGUCAUUGCUAUGUUGUGCAAGCAAAAUGCUCCCGAACGAUACAAUUUGAAGUCCCUUGAGCAGGUUGUGACCGGCUCAGCGCCUCUCGAUCCCGGGCUGGGGCGACUUCUAGCAAGGAUGUAUCUUCGGCCAGGUGUGCAGGUCAAGCAAGGCUGGGGAAUGACAGAGUGCACCUGUUCCGUGACCAGUUUCCCACCAGAUGAGGAAGAUGAUGGGCGCUCAAUUGGUUGGCUGAAUCCUAACUGUGCAGCGAAGAUUGUCCCUAUUGCCGAGGACAUACCAAUGUCCACCUCCUCGGGGCAGGAAGCUGGGGAGUUAUGGGUAUCAGGGCCUAACAUCAUGAAGGGAUAUUGGAACAAGCCUGAGGCGACCGCAAAAACAAUUGUGUACGAGGACGGCCACCGAUGGUUGAGAACUGGUGAUAUCGGAUACUAUGAUGAUCAAGGGAAGUUCUACAUCGAACUUAUCAAGAUAAAAGGUCUUCAAGUUUCGCCCACAGAGCUGGAGCUGACACUUCUCAACCAUCCAGAAGUGACAGACGCCGCUGUUGUGGGUGCCAUGAUAAACGGGGAGGAAUAUGUCAGGGCGUUUGUUGUCCGAAAGAAUGAUUCACUUACAGAGAAAGAAAUCUUCGAGAUUAUCCGGAAGAAUUUUGCUCCUCACAAAUGGCUUACUGGAGGAAUUUACUUUGUUGAUGAGAUUCCAAGAACAGGAAGCGGAAAGAUUAUGAGACGAAAGCUACCUCAAGUGUUGUCGCCUCGGCCUUGGAAACUGUAA